CCGAAUGCAAUACAAAUUUCUACAUUUUAUUUUUUUUUGAGAAAUUCUCUUACAAAAUGAACCGAAACGGCAAAACUCUGUUUAUUUCUUUGACUUUUGACCCGCCGCAAAACAACCGCCACCAUGGCGAUAUCCACGUACGAAAUGCGGGCGGCCUUCACAGCCAAUUGUCAGCCGGAGAAAGCGGCCGCCGGCGCCACCGUAUCCUUCAAAGCCCUCGACCUCAACCUUCACACCUCCAUUGCCGGUAAUGUUGCCGUCGGCGGCCCCAGCUGGAACGAUUUCUCUGUAGCCAUCGAGAAACCCGGCCGCUUCACCAUUGAUUUCCACGUCCCCAAGAAAGAUUAUCAGUUUAAAUUCUCGCAAAGUCUUAAGCUGGCGAAGAAGCCAUUGAAUUUGAGUUACACUCAUACGAAAAGUGAUGGUAGAACGAUAUUGGAUGGCACUUUGGUGAUUGACCCAGCAAAUAAGGUUUCUGUGAAUCAUGUGCCGGAAGCUGGGAAUGUGAUGGUGAAGUAUACUUAUGUGCAUGGACGGUCGACAACAAUUGAGCCCAGCUAUGAUUUUGGGAAGAAUUCAUGGGGGCUUGCUGUUUCACGCAAGUUGUAUGGGGGUGAUAUGUUGAGGGCUACGUAUGAGACAUCUAGCAAGACUUUGGGGGCCGAGUGGUCAAUGAGUCUGAAGUCGAAUGGGUCAAUCAAAGUUUCAGCCUCUGUUAAUCUGGCAGAUGAGCACAAAAUGCCAAAACUAUAUGCUGAGACGACCUGGGACUUUGAAAUGCGAGCUCCUUGUGUCUUUGCUCAUCGCCGGCAGUGGUUUCAAUCUGGCCGAGAAGCUUACGGUUGGAAGAAUACACGUCUGCCCAUCUAUUGAAGAUAUUUAUACUGUUUGCAAUGGGCUGGCUGGUAAUAAUUUGCUGACCUUUUAGCUAUUGCAAUGUGUUGAAUUGACUGUACCUUAUACCAUUCAUAAAUUUCCUCGUUCAACUUCUGCAUUUUGUCAGGGGAACUUUCACUUUAUGUAUGUAUUUUACUGUCUUUAGAACUCUUUCUUCUUGAAGAAGAGAUGAAUUCCUCUAUCCAACUUUUGGAGC